GGCACCGACAUCAUCUCCUGCUUCAUGGGCCAGAAUAUUUCUCUUCCUGUGUAUAAAGGGGAGAUUCAGGCCCGGAACCUGGCCAUGGCCGUGGAUGCGUGGAACGAGGAAGGAAAGGCGGUCUGGGGAGACAGCAGCAAGCUGGUGUGUACUAAGCCGAUCCCUUGCCAGCCCACACACUUCUGGAACAAUGAGAACAGCAACAAGUACAGGAAGGCGUAUUUCUCCAAAUUCCCAGGAAAUCUUUGGGGCCUUAUUUCAGGAGGACAGCGUGCUGCUGAGGCAGAUGACUUCUCACGUUGCAAAGCGGCAGAGAUGCACUUUGAUUAUGGCCAGCCAGUUCCCCUCAGUGUGGCUGAUCAAGGGCUGAGGGUAUCAGGGCUCAUGGCGACUGCUGCAGCAUCAACCCGAAGACCGGGGGCAUCAUCAUGCUUGGCUGGAGUGACGGCACGCUCAACCCCAAUGGGGUGCAGUUCAGCAGCCCAGAAACCUAUAACAUUGGUGGAGGAGAGCCUGGGUGUCCUCCAGUAUAACAAGUACGGGGAGGAGACGGUGAUCCUCUUCCUGAAGACGGCGCCUGGGCAUGCCUUCCAGUCUGACUUGGUGAAGAGGAUCUGUGAGAUCUGUGACGCCAUCUGCGUGGGCCUGUCUGUGCGGCAUGUGCCCAGCCUCAUCGUGGAAACCAAGGGCAUCCUGGUAUGACCGCCUUCUGCCAGCGAGGAGACCAGUGCCGUCACCCCAUGAGCCCACACAUCGAGGGGCGCUAACAUCUGAGCAGCUUGCUGGUGCUUCAUAUAUCGUUUGUCCACGUUGCCUGGCAAUGCUGUCCUCUCCCUGCCCUUUCUAAGACUGCAUUUAAAGCAAUUUCUGCUAAAUACCCAUGUUCAGAGGGUUAGCGAGCCCAGCCCUGCAGGUCCAACUGGUUUAUCCCUGCUAACCCCUGG